AGGACUUGGUGUCGGGGGAGCCCUGGACCCUGCCACAUGCAUUCUGAUCCGUCAGUGGGUCCUGUCAGUGCCCAAUGGAGCCUGGGAUUGGUGACCGGAGAGAGGUGGAGGCUGUAGGGGACGGGACUGGAAGAGGUGGCAGCUGGUAGCUUGCGUGGGCACUGGGGCCUGGAGAGAUGUUCUGGAUGGCGGAAACAUGUCUUCAGCCCCUGGGUCCUGGAAGCUGUCAAGAGAGGGAGCCCCGUGGCCAAGCUGCAAGGUGGGUGGGCAGCUGUGUCUGCUUCCAGUGUGGUGGGGUGUACAGGGAGCUGGGGAGUCUCCUGUCUGCCUGAGGCUGGCCAAGAAGGCAUUGUUGAUGCUCAUGAGAUCACAGAGGUAGCUGCGCAGGCCCCGCCCACUUCCUAUAACCCUGGUUCUUACUGCCCGCAUGCCAAGCCCCCGAGUGCCCUGAGAGCUGCUGGCCAGGGUUCAGGGGGCCGUGGGAGCUCAGGGAAGGCACCUCCCAUGCUCCCCCAGGAGCAAUCAGGACAUGAAGGUCAUAGGCCUCCCCUUUCCUCCUAUUCUGUUUGACCUGAAUGCCCGCCCCCAGCCAUGGUAGCCGCAGGCCCUGACUGCCUCAAGGACUCUGUCUGAAAAGAUGCAGACUGCGGGUACCUACCAUGCAAACCAGAGGCUGGGUAUGUGGGGUCAUCAGUAGAGGGACAACCCCACACGGCCUUAGCUUAGGAGUGAGGCUUCUUGGCCUGGGGGUAGGGGGUGCAAAAGCCCCAGCUCUAACCACUGUUUUGCCCCUACUCACUUCUGCUCUCUGGAUCAAAAAUGGCAGACUCAGUCUAGACUGGGAGUUCUUAGGGACUGUCGGUGUCCUCACGUUAUAUGUACAUAUGCAAAGGCGUUUUUCUGGGGAGGGGCCAAGCUUUCAUCAGUGUGCCAACAGUGUGAGAACCUCUGCUCCAAAACCCUCUGACCCUGCCCUGACAAGUUUCCAGCAAUGGAGCUGCUGGCCAGUCCUGAGGGUCUGGGCUUAAGGCCUCCUCUCCAAAAGGCCCUCUUGAAAAGGUUUCUCUGGUGCCCAGGGGCAAUCUUCCAGCAGGCAGGAAACCCUGAAGGCACCUAGGAAGCCCCUGGCCUGUGGAUUGGGAGGGAAGACAGGACCCCUGGGGCCAUUGGGAGGAAACUGGGGCCCUCAGAGACCUGAGUUCUGGUCUUUUCUGCCCCUCUUUGGGCAAAUCCUCUGUCUUCCCACAGGCUGUGUCUGCUCAGUCCUGCCUGACUCCUCUUUCCCAUCCUAGGCCUUGGUGGGUGGCAGGCCCCUUCUUGCUGGCCCUCUGUGCCCUCCCUCUCCCUCUGUCUGCCCCUGCCCGGCUCUGCCAAUCUGCAAGCCUCCCAGGAGCUUUGGCGCCCUGAGUCCCUUGGGAGGCCCAGGGCCAAGCGGAGAGUCCAGGCCCUGGCAGGAGCGGCCUGCAGUGAGGAGUCCCCGAACCCCUGCUGAGGGACACUCCCAUGGUCCCCAGGAAGAGAUCAGCAUAAACACAGGUGCGGGAGCCCCUCAUGGAGCCUCGGGGUGAGCAGCCUCUACAAGAGCUCCCCCCAGAAGAGUCCCUGCCCAAGGACUCGGGCCUCAAGGCGGCUCCCAGGAUGCACACUCUGUAUGUGGGACACCUGAACCCCCAGUUCUCAGUGCCUGUGCUUGCUUGCCUGCUGCGAGACACCUUGGAGCGGCUUGAGCUGCCGGUGGCGCGGGAGCACAUCGAGGUGGUGAGGCGGCCGCGCAAGGCCUACGCACUGGUGCAGGUGCCGAUCCACAAGGCCACCCUGGCCUCCCUCCCCUGGCGCCUGCAGAUGGCCUUGGAGGAGCACGUAAUCCUCAAGGAGCUGGCAGCCCAUGGGAAGGAGCUGGUGUUGGGCGAGGGCCGGGGGCCCUUUAACCGCAAAGAGCAGGAGGAAGACGCUGGCCUGAGUCCAGGCCCCAGCCCUGGCCCAAGCCCCAGGCCCAGCCCCAGCCCCAGCCCAGACUCCAGCCUCCCAAUGCCUACCUGGCCUACAGCCACGUCGCCUAAACGGCCCCGGGCCCGGCAGCAGCAGAGCUGCCACAGCCGGCCCAGCGGCGUGUGCUCCGACAGCGCCAUCAUGCGCCAGGAGAUCCUGGGCCAGGAGCAGCUCUUCCAGGGCGCCUUCCUGGGCAGCGAGACACGCAACAUGGAGUUCAAGCGGGGCGGCGGCGAGUACCUGAACCUGACCUUCAAGCACCACGUGCGGCGCUACGUGUGCGCCUUCCUGAAUAGCGAGGGCGGCAGCCUGCUCGUGGGCGUGGAGGACAGCGGCCUGGUGCAGGGCAUCCGCUGUAGCCACCGCGAUGAGGACCGCACGCGCCUGCUGGUGGACUCCAUCCUGCAGGGCUUCAAGCCCCAGGUCUUUCCCGACGCCUACACCCUCACCUUCAUCCCUGUGGUCAGCACCUCCACACCCAGUGUGCCCCUCAAGGUGAUCCGCCUGACUGUGCAUGGCCCCAAGGCCCAGGGCGAGCCGCAGCUCUACCAGACGGACCAGGGGGAGGUGUUCCUGCGGCGCGAGGGGAGCAUCCAGGGCCCACUGUCCGCCAGCGCCAUCCAAGAGUGGUGCAGGCAGUUCGAGCCCAGGCAGGAGGGUGGGCUGGCCGAGAUGGUGCCGGCUCGGCCACCUGCUUCUGCAACGCCCUCAGAAGUGGACGGUGGAGCUGGGCAAGCUGGAGGAGAAGGUGAAGGCGCUGACCGCGGAGAACGAGCAGCUCCAGCAGCAGCUGCGGCGGCACUGGCCCGUGUCCUGCACCUGCUGCGUCCUGUGAGGGCUCUCACCAGCGGCAGGACGGCGCUGCGCCCUCCGCAGGGAGACGCAGGGAUUGCCUGUCGAAGCCUAAGUCCUACCAAUAAAACCCCUCGGGCCACUCGGAGCUCCUUCCACACUGCACCUCGGCUGGGCCCCACGCGGCUUCAACCCGGAGCAGACCCUGGUCUGUGUAGCUAAGAAAUUGCUCUCAGCACUGUCUCCAAGGAACCUUACUUUCACUAAGAACUUGUAAAACCUUGGCCAGAGUUACCCUAGGGCUGCGCUCUAAGGGACUGUCCCUCUCCCUAAAAUGCUCAUUUGGCCCAGGCUGGGGUCUGUGACUCCAGCUGCCUAGACAGUGCCAGAAAAGACACGUCAUCUCGUGUCUCGCAUCUCGUGUCAUCUCGCAGAUGGCGAGACGUAUUUGGUGACUGUGGUUACAGGGCAAACAGGCCACCCUGCAGUCCGCACCCCGGACUUGCCAGAACCUGUGGCUGUCAAAGCUCCUUAAUAAAUUACAGGUGCUUGGGGCAAGAAUGGCUCUUACUGGGACACUUGGUCAGCUGGUUAGCCCCGCCCCCAGCCCUGGGCUCCUACCACGCAGGGCUGUUGGGGAGAGGGGCAGUCAGGCUGCAGUCCAGCUCUGUCAAAGACCUGCAGCCAGAGGGCAAAGUGCUGUACCUCUGCUUCAGCCGCUUCACCUAAGACGAUGACAAUGGGCAGGGGCAUUUGUCAUCUGUGCUGGCUAUGGCAAACAGCAGCACCUGCACAGGAAGGGUCCGACUCCCAUUCCAAGCCCUCUCCUGCCACUGGAGAGGAUUUCUGCUCUGGCCAUUUCCCCUGCUAUCUCCACCAGCCAAGCCAGGCCCCAGAAAGCCAGUCCGGUCAUGCUGUGCCUGCACCCAAAGCCCCCAAGGUCCCCACCUCAUCAAAAGCAAAGCCCAACAAAGGUCCGCACAGUUCUCCACAACCAGCCCACCUGACCUGGACCUCCUCUGCCCCUUGCACAAGCCAUUCCAGCUACCAACCAGCUUGUCUCAUUUGCACACCUGCCUCUGGGCCUUUGCAC